CAUUUCAAUAUCUGAUCACAAUGGUGCUGUUUUUAUCUAUUCUGUUAAUAAAAUUUGCGUUUUGUGAUUGCGCGAACAUUUUGUUUCUGGCCAUGACACCAUUGUACAGCCACCAGACAGCUUUAAGACCCGUGUACAUGGAAUUGGCCAGACAGGGCCAUCAGAUAACCGUGGUUUCAGGAAUACACCCGAACGAUUUACAUGAAAAUGUAACGCACAUAUAUUUGAACCGUACUUUUAGCAGCCUCGCCGGGUUAGUGGACGACAUGAAAGGCGCGGACUCAUUAAAAUCCCAACAAACUACGACUUUUAAAAAUGCAAAAAUCGCCCUGGAAUCCAUAUUGAAUACUGAUAUGAGUGAUUUGAUAAAAAGCGGCAGAAAGUUCGAUUUAAUAGUCACGGAAAUUUGUACCAGAUUCACCGCAGUGUUUUCAGAAGUGUUCCAAUCACCAUUGGUGUUGCUGAGCACACUUGGAGGCAGUUUUGAUACAUUCCGAAUGGUCUCAUCACCGGAGCAACCGAUCCUGUAUCCCAUUGGCAUCCGAAAGAGAUUCACAAAUUUAACAGAGAUGGAAAAAGUUGUUGAGACGUACCGACAUUUUGAUUUGCUUAAAUUGUAUUAUGAUAUGGGUGAAUUUGAUGAGGUGGUGGUGAGGAAGUAUUUGGGUGAUGACUUUCCAUCUAUACACGAGAUUAAUAACAAUAUAGAUUUGAUUAUGUUAAAUUUACAUCCGUUGUGGGAUUCCAAUCGACCAGUACCGUCAAAUGUGAUAUAUCUAGGAGGAUUACAUUUACAGGAGCAUAAAGAAUUGCCACAGGAUCUGCAGACUAUACUGGACAAAUCAAAUGGAGUGAUCUUCAUGAGUUUUGGAAGUAGUGUGCGCUCGUCUAUACUGAAUCGCGAGAAAAUUGAUAUCUUUGUGAAGGUCCUGUCUGAGCUACCAUAUACAGUGAUGUGGAAAUGGGAUGAUGAAGUGGAAAAUUUACCGGAAAACUUUAUAGUUAAGAAGUGGUUUCCCCAGCGAGAUUUACUGAGACACCCCAAAAUAAAGCUCUUCAUCACCCAAGGUGGUCUUCAGUCUGUUGAUGAGUCCAUAGAUGCCAGAGUUCCAAUGGUGGGUGUGCCAAUACUUUGGGAUCAAUUUUACAACGUGCAUAAAAUUGCUGAACUCCAAAUUGGUGUCAUGUGCGACGUCGAAACAGUUUCUGAAGAAGAAUUCAGAAAUUCUGUCCUAGGUGUACUAGGAGAUCAAAGGUUUGUAGCAUAUCCAUAG